AUGGCCACCUCCAAAUCAUCAUCACCAUCACCACCCGGCAUGGACACAAACGCGGUGCCGACUCUGUCGCUGUCACCCGAGGCUGAAGACCCGCCGGACCACGAGGCAAACCCCCGGAAACGAGAUCGCAUACCUGCCCACGCCGAGGACAGGUUGUCGUCGUACUCCAAACGAGCAUCACGGUCGCGACCACAUUCGAACACCUUGCCGCCUGUUCACCCGAGUCUGCCCUAUGCGCUAGUCCGAGACUUUGCAUAUCCCACCUUCCACCCCAUGCACUUCGGCGCAUCGCCCGAGGACGCUCCAGGCGCGAGUACACCUCACUCGGCAUCGAACAACGGAGGACGGAGGAUGUCCGACUCCGCGGAGGGGAGCUCAGCACCAGGACGAGGCACGUUUGGUGCAGGACCAUGGGGAGGAGAUGGUCACAUGUACCAUGAUCCCGAUCAUGCAGACAUGGAGCCGCUACCUAGCACUAGCUUUGCCAGUGCAGAUGAUUGGGGCGACGAUGAGACCAGCUUCCGGAAAAGUAAGCAUCGCAAGAGCAGAUCUUUCGCAGACAUCCCGAACUAUGAGCGAGGCAGGCGGCGAGAGAGUGGUAAUCGGGCAAGCAGAGACUCGGAUGGGUCGCAGUAUUAUGAUCCGGCUGGGAGGGACGCAUUACGGCAAAGUCGUGGGCAGGCUGAGAAUGGCGAGCUGGUCGCAUCGGGACGUAGGGAUUCCCAUUCCGCUGGCACGUUACCUAGUAGGAGCUUUCACACAAGUCAGCCUGUUGAUCCCGACGAAGAUAUACCACUCGACGCGGAGCCUUCGACACAUUCGCCACAGAGGGAAAGCUUAGGACCGGAGGACGAGGAGUACGCCGGACCAAGUCUUGCAUUAUACAGCUUCGACCCCGAAAACGACAACGAGUUGCAACUCACAGAAGGCCAGACCGUGCUAGUCGCAUACCGCCACGGCCAAGGCUGGCUCGUAGCAGAAAACCCACAAACAGGCGAGCAAGGCCUAAUACCCGAGCAGUACGUCCGGCUGCUGCGCGACAUUGAAGGCUGGGACGAAGAACGUGGCGGUUUCAUCGAUGAUGACGAGGAUCUGUCGCCGGACGUGGAGGGGUUGUCGCUUGAUGAGAAGGAGCUCGAGGCGAAUGCCAGUGCACAGGUCAGUCAACAAUCAUUAUUACCCAGCAAGGAGGCGACGAAGAGGUCUGACGAGAACAAAGUUCCAGCAAUGUCAUAG